CGGUCACACGCAUGCGCGGUGUACCUGUCUUGUAUACUCGCGUAACUAUGAUCGGUGUCCGAAUUUAGGGUUAACUUUUUUAAUUUAACCUAAAUUAUUUUAGUUUUUAAUUAAAAAUUAAACUAUUAUAAAAUUUGACACAACGAUUUAUUUAAAAAAUAAUCAAACUAAAUAAAAAGAACUGUUUCUGUUAAAGAAGCCAGCUUCGUUAUUUUCAUAAUUUUGUGAUGUGAAAACUGAUAAACAAAAUGUCUCAAGUACCAUUAGUUCGCCGUGCGAUCGUUGGCGCUGCUUUAGCCCAUGGGAGUCCUAACCCAGAUCAGGGUAAUCCUUUGGUGAUCGACAGUAACCGCCCUUCUGACCAAUGGACCCCGGCUGCCUUAGAGAGGGCUGGAUCAACGUUAAAAGCCUUGAACCGCAUGGCGAAAAGACCACCAGUGCACAUUUUAUUUGAAGACAUUGGAUUCACUGUUAGUUCUCACAAAGGAGAACGUAGAAUCCUGCAUAAUGUGUCGGGCGAGUUUCGGUCUGGUGAACUGACCUGCAUCCUCGGACCUUCAGGCGCCGGCAAAUCUACACUGCUUAACAUACUAGCUGGAUACACGACAAACGGAGUCAACGGCCGCAUCACCGUAAAUGGUCAUGCCAGGGAAAUGAGAGUUUUCAAGAAACUGAGCAGCUACAUCAUGCAGGACGACCUCCUCCAGCCUCGGCUGACUGUGCAGGAGUCCAUGAGGGUCGCAGCCGAUUUGAAGCUGGGAAAGGAAUUGGGAAGGGCAGAGAAAGAACUCAUUAUAGAAGAAAUCCUACAAACACUCGGUCUAUGGGAUCACAAGGACACGAGGUCGGAGCGCCUCUCGGGAGGCCAGUCCAAACGCCUCUCCGUAGCCCUGGAGCUGGUCAAUAACCCACCCAUCAUAUUUCUGGACGAACCUACCACCGGCCUUGACGUCGUAUCCAUCAGACAACUAGUAGUACUACUUCGGCUUUUGUCGCGACAGGGGCGGACCAUCGUGUGCACUAUACACCAGCCCUCGGCCUCCUUAUUUGCACUAUUUGACAGAGUGUAUGUGUUGGCUCGCGGUUUGUGCUGUUAUCAGGGCGCAGCUCCUCUCCUGGUACCGUACCUAGCUGAAGUUGGCCACGUAUGCCCCACGACCCACAAUCCAGCUGACUUCGUACUGGAAACUCUCCAUGGAGACGUGGAGGUACCAGCUCAUAUGUCCGAACUCUGUCAAAAUGGGAAACUAUGCCGGAAACUGGAUAGAAUGACUGCCAGAGGUGGAAGAAAACCAGUACUGCACUCAGACGAGUCUAUACAAAGGAUAUUCGUUGAGCACGUUGCUAAAGAGCAAAUGCAGAAAAUGGAAUUCCCGACUACCUUCCUCACUCAAUUUCUGAUUCUCUCCAAGCGAAUGUUCAUUCAGACUAAAAGGAAUUCAUUGACGCUCUGGAUCCAGUUGCUCCACCAUGUGGUGUCAGCGUUCUUCCUCGGCAGCAUAUUCUUCCUCGUGGGCAACGACGCCAACGCCCCCAUCACCAACUUCAAGUUCUGUCUGAGUUGCCUCGUAUUCUUCAUGUACACAUAUAUAAUGAUUCCUGUCUUGCUGUUUCCAACAGAAGUUCGCCUAUUACGUCGAGAGUAUUUCAACCGGUGGUACAGUCUCAAGGCGUAUUACGCGGCUCUCUCCUUCUCUUCUCUACCUGUAAUGGUGAUCCUAGGACUUCUCUUCGUAACUAUCUGCUAUGUGAUGUCUGGACAACUUCUGGAAUGGGACAGGUUCAUUCUGUUUUCAGUCAGUGGAAUUCUGACAGGACUGUGCUCUGAAGGCCUGGGGCUCGCUGUUGGCUCGGCAUUUAGCGUUACGAACGGAUCCAUUGUCGGGCCAGCCACUGCAGCGCCUCUCCUAUGCCUCUGCUGCUACGGGAUGGGUUUUGGGCCCUACAUCGAAAAAACCAUGAAAGCUUUGAUGUCAGCCUCCUAUUUAAGAUACGGCUUAUCGGGUCUAUCCUUAGCUCUUUAUCAAAAUAGAGGCCCCAUGCAAUGCAACGAAGACUUCUGCCUUUACUACGACCCCAAACUUAUUUUACGAGAUGUAGGAAUGGCAGAUGACAGUUAUGGAAUGCAAAUGGCGGGUCUAUUAAUAUUCACUUUCAUACAUAGGUUACUGGCGUAUCUAGCUCUAAGGUAUCGCCUCACAGCAGAAUUUUCAAACAAAUUCAUGGCCUAUAUAAGCAAAUUUCUAAAGCAUAGAUAAUAAAUCACAAUUUAAAAAACAGUUACCUUCUCGAACAUUAAAAUUUAAAACAAAUUGACGACCAAAAAAUACUUGCCAAGAUUAGAAAUUUAAUGUUACCGAACUACUUAGAUCAAUAUAACUUCAAUAUACCUAUACCUACGUAGUUAUAGUUUUGGAUUUAUAUUAUUUUAAUAGUUAGUUAAUCCUUGGACAGGGUGUAGAAUAAUAAUUAAAUUCAGCUCAGGUAUCGCAAGUAUUAUAAUUAAAUUAAAAUUAUGUAGGUUUUAAUUAAUUUUAGACGUAAACAUUAUCAUAUUUAGGUAUAGAGUUAUCAAUAGGUGAAGUUUGAUGUAAGUUAUUUUUUUUUUUUCAUUUUACAUAAUAUGUCGGUAACAUUUAUCCCUGAGAAACCCCGAGAAUGUUAGGUAUUUUAACACUCAAUAAUGGUUUUUAAGCAAAUGUUACGCUACCUAACCUGUAUAAAUAACAUUUGGGAAUUUCUUUAUACACUCCAUUAAGUAAAUCUUAAUAUCAGCAAUAUUACAAAGUUUCUAAUAUUGACCCUGUUCGUAAAAAUUUGUAACAUAAACCGCAUUUAGAUAAUCCGUGCCGUGACUGUAUAAAGAGUUACUUGUCAAAUAAAAUCAACGGACUUGCUUUCACAAUGAAACAUUGUUUAACAAUCGCAUUAAUUAUACGUCGUUAGGUACAUUGUAUGCACAUGGGUCUAGUGGGUACGUCGUAAUGUAUAGGUGACUAUAGUAUCCUUGUGAAUUGUUUUCAAUAAAAUAAAAAGAACAGUUUGAGUAUGACAUGACCCAUACAAAAUAACUUUUGUGAUUUUUAAGUAUAUAUACAUAUAUAUAUAUAUAAGAUAGAAAUUUUGACUUGUAGGUAACUGAAAAUUACUUGAUACAAAACUGCCCUACAUUUAUUGUGUGAUAAAUACCUAGUACCUCCUCAUCAUAAUUUUAUUAUAAUUUCUAUUGUAUCCCUUUGAAAUAGCGCGUAGGCAGGUAGUUACCACUAAGUGUAUCUGUGAUAGCAAUUUUUUUAAUAAGGUUUUGAUACAUAUGUUUUGAUAAAUAAAAUCUAAGUAAUAUAUCAAAGCAAGGCAUUAGUAGUCUAAGUAAAAUACCUAGUUAUGAUACUUUUAAUUAGUCCGUCCAAGAAUAAAAGGUAAAGUAAAUUAAAAAUAAGCCUGACUCUUGUUUUAAUUUUCAAAUCUCUUAUUCUUUGAAAUGCCAUUUAUUCCCACAAUAUUAAAUAAAAAAUUUGAAUGAUGUAGUUCAAAUCAAUGCGAUUUGAUAUCACGUACAUAACUAGAAUCAUUUUAUGUUACUACUAGGAAAUAAUAUACGUAAGAAUAUAUAGUUUAAUUGUUAAUUUAGCUUUCUUUGGUAGGUAGGUAUCCAUGGUUAAGUUUUACAAGCAAAGCUGAUAAACUGACCAACGAAAUUGACUUAGGUACCUAUUUGAUUUAAUUUUCUGUGAGUACCGCAUGUAU